UUGCCGCAUGCUGAAUGGCGCCCGAAAUAAAUACCAGAAGAAGAAGCAAAUAUCAGUUGAGCAGACAACAUUUGGAGCGCUAAAAUGGCAAAUGUGCGCUGUUUGCAAAAAGUAAUUCGCCUACAAAAGUUUGUGCUGCCAAUCAAUGCACAAGGCUGCUGGCUGGCCAUUAGCACCGCUACACCCGCCGCCGUGCUCACACUGCAACAGCAGCGCCCAGUUUUGUUGCCCGGCUACGCUGUGGGACGCAGCUACUCCUCGAGCAGCGACAACCUGGAUGAGUUUCGGGCGCGUGAGGAGCAACGCGAGAGGGAGCGCGAUGCAGCUGAGCAGAAGGCGUAUAAGGCCACACAGAGCGAUGCGGGCGGCGGUGCUGGAAUAGGUGGCGGUGGUGCGCCACCCGACGCGGAGCAGUCAGCCAAGCAGGCCAAGGUGGAGGCCAUACGAACGCGUAUACUGGAUGCAGCGCUGCUGCAUGUGCCGGAGCUUGGCUGGACCAAGCAGGCGAUCGUCCAGGGCGCCGAGGAGAGCGGCUUUCCGAGCGUCGUCCAUGGCAUGUUUCCCGAUGGCGGCUUUGCGCUCGUCUCCCAUUUCAAUGGCAAGUGUAAUGCGGAGCUGGUGCAGAGUCUGCAGAAGAAAACGGACAAUGGCCAAAAGGAGGUCGGUGAUCCGCUGGAUUUCCUAGUCCAAGCGGUGCGCCAGCGCCUCAGCAUGAUUGAGCCAUUCAAGAAGCAAUGGCCCCAGGCCAUGGCACUGAUAGCGCAGCCGGCAAAUGCAUCCACAGCGCUGGCGCAGGUGCUCACCCUAGUCGAUGAUAUUUGCUACUAUUCCGGCGAUCGUUCCGUCGAUUUUGGCUGGUAUACGCGUCGGGUUGGCUUGGCCACCAUUAUGAAGAUGACGGAGCUGUAUAUGCUGCAGGACACCUCAGCUGGACACGCUCAGACGUGGGAGUUCCUCAAGAAUCGCAUGGAUGAGGCUGUCCAGCUGCAGAUGGCUUUGGCUCAAACUGAGGGCAUGACGCAGACAUUUCAACGUUCCUUUAACUCUGCUUUCAUCACGGCGCGCAACAUACUCGGACUUGGCUACAGUCGUCACUAGCUAAGCUGCACAAAAAAUCAGCGAAUGUCCAAAGAA